AUGGCUGAUCAACGUGGUACAUUUGCUUCUGACAAUGACAAUGGUACGAUGAUGAUGAGCAGCAUCCCACAUAUGACAUCUAUACCCCCUUCUGAUCAUGUCUUUAAAACAUGGACCUCUCCUAACGUGACACUCAAUGUGUGUGGCAAUGAUGCACCCAUUAACGUUUGCUGUUCUAAGAAGUUUGGUGUCUUAGCUGCCAUUUGCUCUGUGCUGGAGAAGUACAAAAUUGAUGUGCUAUCUGCUCAUGUGUCAUCAGAUCAUAAUAGGAGCAUGUACAUGAUCCAUGCCCGUGUGAUAGCAGGUGGAUAUGAAGGUCAAUUUUCAGUAGAAGAGAUUUACAAGGAAGCCGCAACAGAGAUUAUAGGAGUUUGUGGGUAA